UUUCGUUGUUCUCGUUGUUGUUGGUGUUGUCACUGUUGUCGCUGUUUUCGUUGGUGUCACAUUUGUUGCUGUUCUCGAUCACUGUUGUCCCUAUAGUUCUUGUUGUCGCUGUUGUCACUGUUUGCGCUCUUGUCACUAUUGUUCCUGUUUUAGCUGUUGCCACUGUUACACUGUUGUCACUGUUGUCGCCGUUGUCGCUGUUGUCACCAUUGUCACUGUUGUCGCUGUUGUCACUUGUCACUGUUGUUACUGUUGUCGCUGAUGUCACCAUUGUCACCAUUAUCACUGUUGUCACCGUUGUCGCUUUUGUCACUGUUGUCGCGGCUAUCAGUGCUUUCACCGUUGUCACCGUUGUUGCUGUUGUCACUGCUGUCACUCUUCUCACUGUUGGCAGUGCUGUCACUGUUGUCGCUGUUGUAACCGUUGUUGCUGUUGUCACUGUUGUUACCGUUUUCACUGUUGUUGCUGUUGUCACCGCUUUCACUGUCGUCGCUGUUGUCACCGUUGUCACUAUUGUCAUCGUUGUCACCGUUGUCGCUGUUGUCACUGUUGUCACUAUUGUUGCUGUUGUCACCGUUGUCACCGUUCCCUCUGUUGUCACUGUUGUCCCUGCUGUCGAUGUUGUCACCGUUGUCGCUGUUGUCACCGUUGUCACUGUUGUCGCUGUUGUCACCAUUGUCACCAUUAUUACUGUUGUCACCGUUGUCACUUUUGUCACUGUUGUGGCGGUUGUCACUCCUGUCACCCUUGUCACUGUUCUCGCUGUUGUCACUGUUGUCGCUGUUGUCGCGGUUCUCACCGUUGUCACCAUUGUCGCUGUUGUCACUUUUGUCACCGUUGUCGCUGUUGUUGCUGUUGUCACCAUGGGCGCUGUUACCUCGUUACCGUUGUCACUGUUGUCGCUGUUGUCACCGUUGUCACCAUUCUCACUGUUGUCACUGUUGUCGCUGUUGUCACUGUUCACACUAAUAUCACUGUUAUCGCUGUUGUCACCGUUCUCACCGUUGUCACCGCUCUCGCUGUUGUCACUGUUGUCACCGUUGUCACUGUUGUCACCCUUGUCACUAUUGUCGCCGUUGUCACCGUUGUCACAGUUGUCACUGUUGUCACAGUUGUCACUGUGGUCACUGUUGUCACUGCUGUCACUGUUGUCGCUGUUGUCACUGUUGUCACCGUUGUCACCGUUGUCACUGUUGUCAUUGUUGUCACCGUUGUCGCUGUUGUCACCGUUGUCACUAUUGUUGCCAUUGUCACUGUUGUCACCGUUGUCGCUGUUGUCACUGUUCUCUCUGUUGUCACCGUUGUCACCGUUGUCACUUUUGUUACUGUUGUCACUGUUGUCACCGUUGUCACCCUUGUCACUGUUCUCACCAUUGUCAUCGUUGUCACUGUUGACACUGUUGUGAUUGUUGUCACCGUUGCCAUCGUUGUCACCGUUGUCACUGUUGUCACUGUUGUCACCAUUGUCAUCGUUAUCACCGUUGUCACCGUUGUCACCGUUUUCACUGUUGUCACCGUUGUCAUUGUUGUCACCCUUCCCAUCGUUGACAUUGUUGUCAUCGUUGUCACCGUUGUCAUCGUUGUUGCAGUUGUCACUCUUGUCACCGUUGUCACCGUUGUCACCGUUGUCACCGUUGUCACUGUUGUCAUCGUUGUCACUGUUGUCAUCGCUGUCACCGUUGUCAUCGUUGUCACUGUUGUCACUGUUGUCACCGUUUUCACCGUUGUCACCGUUGUCACCGUUUUCACUGUUGUCACCAUUGUCACCGUUGUCACAGUUGUCAUCGUUGUCACCGUUGUCAUCGUUGUCACCGUUGUCGCUGUUGUCACUGUUGUCAUCGUUGUCAGGGUUGUCACCGUUGUCAUCCUUGUCACCGUUAUCACCGAUGCCACUGUUGUCACUGUUGUCACCGUUGUCAUCGUUGUCACCGUUGUCAUCGUUGUCACUGUUGUCACCGUUGUCAUUGUUGUCACUGUUGUCACUGUUGUCACUGUUGUGAUUGUUGUCACCGUUGUCAUCGUUGUCACCGUUGUCACUGUUGUCACUGUUGUCAUUGUUGUCACCGUUCCCAUCGUUGAUUUUCUUGUCAUCGUUGUCACCGUUGUCGUCGUUGUUGCAGUUGUCACUCUUGUCACCGUUGUCACCGUUGUCACCGUUGUCACUGUUGUCAUCGCUGUCAUCGUUGUCACUGUUGUCACUGUUGUCACUGUUGUCACCGUUGUCACCUUUGUCACUGUUGUCACCGUUGUCAUCGUUGUCACUGUUGUCACUGUUGUCACCGUUGUUACUGUUGUCACCGUUGUCACUGUUGUCACUGUUGUCACCAUUGUCAUCGUUAUCACCGUUGUCACCGUUGUCACCGUUUUCACUGUUGUCACCGUUGUCAUUGUUGUCACCGUUCCCAUCGUUGACAUUGUUGUCAUCGUUGUUGCAGUUGUCACUCUUGUCACUCUUGUCACCGUUGUCACCGUUGUCACCGUUGUCACUGUUGUCAUCGUUGUCACUGUUGUCAUCGCUGUCACCGUUGUCAUCGUUGUCACUGUUGUCACUGUUGUCACCCUUGUGACCGUUGUCACCGUUUUCACUGUUGUCACCAUUGUCACCGUUGUCACAGUUGUCAUCGUUGUCACCGUUGUCAUCGUUGUCACCGUUGUCAUCGUUGUCACCGUUGUCGCUGUUGUCACUGUUGUCAUCGUUGUCAGGGUUGUCACCGUUGUCAUCCUUGUCACCGUUAUCACCGUUGCCACUGUUGUCACUGUUGUCACCGUUGUCACCGUUGUCAUCGUUGUCACCGUUGUCAUCGUUGUCACUGUUGUCAGCGUUGUCAUUGUUGUCACCGUUGUCACUGUUGUCACCGUUGUCACUGUUGUCACCAUUGUCACCGUUGUCACCGUUUUCACUGUUGUCACCGUUGUCAUUGUUCUCACCGUUGUCAUAGUUGUCAUCGUUGUCACCAUUGUCAUCGUUGUUGCAGUUGUCACUGUUGUCACCGUUGUCAACGUUGUCACCGUUGUCACUGUUGUCAUCGUUGUCACUGUUGUCAUCGCUGUCACCGUUGUCAUCGUUGUCACUGUUGUCACUGUUGUCAUCGUUGUCACCGUUGUCACCGUUGUCACCGUUGUCAUUGUUGUCACCGUUGUCAUCGUCGUCAUCGUUGUCACCGUUGUCACCGUUGUCAUCGUUGUCACUGUUGUCAUCGCUGUCACCGUUGUCAUCGUUGUCACUGUUGUCACUGUUGUCACCGUUGUCACAGUUGUCACUGUUGUCACAGUUGUCAUCGUUGUCACUGUUGUCAUUGUUGUCAUCGUUGUCACCGUUGUCAUCGUUGUCAUCGUUAUAACCGUUGUCACUGUUGUCACCGUUGUCACCGUUGUCACUGUUGUCAUCAUUGUCACUGUUGUCAUCGCUGUCACCGUCUUCAUCGGUUUCACUGUUGUCACUGUUGUCACCGUUGUCACGGUUGUCAUCGUUGUCACUGUUGUCAUCGUUGUCACCGUUGUCACUGUUGUCACCGUUGUCACCGUUGUCAUCGUUGUCACCGUUGUCAUCGUUGUCACCGUUGUCACUUGUCACUGUUGUCACCGUUGUCACCGUUGUCACUGUUGUCAUCGUUGUCACUGUUGUCACUGUUGUCACCGUUGUCACCGUUGUCACUGUUGUCACUGUUGUCACCGUUGUCAUCGUUGUCACUGUUGUCACUGUUGUCAUCGUUGUCACCGUUGUCAUCGUUGUCAUCGUUGUCACCGUUGUCACUGUUGUCACUAUUGUUAUCGUUGACACUGUUGUCACUGCUGUCACUGUUGUCAUUGUUCUCGCUGUUGUCACUGUUGUCACUAUUGUCAUCGUUGUCAUCGUUGUCACCGUUGUCAUCGUUGUGAUCGUUGUCACCGUUGUCAUCGUUGUCACCGUUGUCAUCGUUGUCACCGUUGUCAUCGUUGUUGCACUUGUCACUGUUGUCACCGUUGUCACCGUUGUCAUCAUUGUCACUGUUGUCAUCGCUGUCACCGUUGUCAUCGUUGUCACUGUUGUCACUGUUGUCACCGUUGUCACAGUUGUCACGGUUGUCACAGUUGUCGCUGUGGUCACUGUUGUCACUGCUGUCACUGUUGUCGCUGUUGUCACUGUUGUCACCGUUGUCACCGUUGUCACCAUUGUCACUGUUGUCACUGUUGUCUCCGUUGUCACCAUUGUUGCCAUUGUCACUGUUUUCACCGUUGUCGCUGUUGUCACUGUUCUCUCUGUUGUCACCGUUGUCACCGUUGUCACUUUUUUUACUGUUGUCACUGUUGUCACCGUUGUCUCCCUUGUCACUGUUGUCACUGUUCUCACCAUUGUCAUCGUUGUCACUGUUGACACUGUUGUGAUUGUUGUCACCGUUGUCAUCGUUGUCACCGUUGUCACUGUUGUCACUGUUGUCACCAUUGUCAUCGUUAUCACCGUUGUCACCGUUUUCACUGUUGUCACCGUUGUCAUUGUUGUCACCGUUCCCAUCGUUGACAUUGUUGUCAUCGUUGUCAUCGUUGUUGCAGUUGUCACUCUUGUCACCGUUGUCACCGUUGUCACCGUUGUCACCGUUGUCACCGUUUUCACUGUUGUCAUCGUUGUCACUGUUGUCAUCGCUGUCACCGUUGUCAUCGUUGUCACUGUUGUCACUGUUGUCACCGUUUUCACCGUUGUGACUGUUGUCACCGUUUUCACUGUUGUCACCAUUGUCACCGUUGUCACCGUUGUCAUCGUUGUCACUGUUGUCACUGUUGUCAUCGUUGUCAGGGUUGUCACCGUUGUCAUCCUUGUCACCGUUAUCACCGAUGCCACUGUUGUCACUGUUGUCACUGUUGUCACCGUUGUCAUCGUUGUCACCGUUGUCAGUGUUGUCAGUGUUGUCACUGUUGUCACCAUUGUCACCGUUGUCACCGUUUUCACUGUUGUCACCGUUGUCACCGUUGUCAUUGUUGUCACCGUUGUCAUAGUUGUCAUCGUUGUCACCGUUGUCAUCGUUGUCACCGUUGUCACUGUUGUCACCGUUGUCACUGUUGUCACUGUUGUCACAGUUGUCAUCGUUGUCACGGUUGUCACUGUUGUCAUCGUUGUCACCGUUGUCAUCGUUGUCACCGUUGUCACUGUUGUCACCGUUGUCACCGUUGUCACCGUUGUCACCGUUGUCACCGUUGUCACUGUUGUCACUUCGUUGUCAUCGUUGUCAUCGUUGUCAUCGUUGUUGCACUUGUCACUGUUGUCACCGUUGUCACCGUUGUCACUGUUGUCAUCGUUGUCACUGUUGUCAUCGCUGUCACCGUUGUCAUCGUUGUCACUGUUGUCACUGUUGUCACCGUUGUCACAGUUGUCACUGUUGUCACCGUUGUCAUCGUUGUCACUGUUGUCACUGUUGUCAUCGUUGUCACCGUUGUCAUCGUUGUCACCGUUGUCACCGUUGUCACCGUUGUCACCGUUGUCAUUGUUGUCACCGUUGUCAUCGUUGUCACCGUUGUCACUGUUGUCAUCGUUGUCACCGUUGUCACCGUUGUCACUGUUGUCACCGUUGUCACUGUUGUCACUGUUGUCACAGUUGUCAUCGUUGUCACCGUUGUCAACGUUGUCAUCAUUGUUGUCACCGUUGUCAUCGUUGUCAUCAUUGUCAUCGUUGUCAUCGUUGUCAUUGUUGUCACCGUUGUCACCGUUGUCAUCGUUGUCACCGUUGUCACCGUUGUCAUCGUUGUCACCGUUGUCACCGUUGUCAUCGUUGUCACUGUUGUCACCGUUGUCAUCGUUGUCACCUUUGUCGUUGUCGUUGUCACCGUUGUCACCGUUGUCACCGUUGUCACCCUUGUCACUGUUGUCACCGUUGUCACCGUUGUCACCGUUGUCACCGUUGUCACCGUUGUCACCGUUGUCAUCGUUGUCACCGUUGUCAUCGUUGUUGUCGUUCGUUGUCACCGUUGUCACCGUUGUCACCGUUGUCACCGUUGUCACCGUUGUCAUCGUUGUCACCGUUGUCACCGUUGUCACCGUUGUCACCGUUGUCAUCGUUGUCACCGUUGUCACCGUUGUCACCGUUGUCAUCGUUGUCACCGUUGUCACCGUUGUCACCGUUGUCACCGUUGUCACCGUUGUCAUCGUUGUCACCGUUGUCACCGUUGUCACCGUUGUCACCGUUGUCAUCGUUGUCACCGUUGUCACCGUUGUCACCGUUGUCACCGUUGUCACUGUUGUCACCGUUGUCACCGUUGUCACCGUUGUCAUCGUUGUCACUGUUGUGACCGUUGUCAGUUGUCACUGGUAUCAUCGUUGUCAUCGUUGUGACCGUUGUCAACGUUGUCAGUGUUGUCACCCUUGUCACCGUUGUCACAGUUGUCACUGUUGUCACAGUUGUCAUCGUUGUCACCGUUGUCAUCGUUGUCAUGGUUGUCACUGUGUUCACCGUUGUCAUCGUUGUCACCGUUGUCAUUGUUGUCACCUUUGUGCCGUUGUCAUCGUUGUCACUGUUGUAACCGUUGUCACAGUUGUGACCAUUGUCACUGUUGUAACCGUUGUCACCGUUGUCACAUUAGUCACUGUUGUCACUGUUGGCACAGUUGUCAUCGUUGUCACUUCUGUCGCCGUUCUCAUCGUUGUCAUUGUUGUCACCGUUGUCAUCGUUGUCACAGUUGUCACCGUUGUCACCGUUGUCACCGUUGUCACCGUUGUCAUCGUUGUCACUGUUGUCACUGUUGUCACCGUUGUCACCGUUGUCACCGUUGUCAUCGUUGUCACCGUUGUCACCGUUGUCACUGUUGUCACCGUUGUCAUCGUUGUCAUCGUUGUCACCGUUGUCACCGUUGUCACCGUUGUCACCGUUGUCACUGUUGUCAUCGUUGUCACUCGUUGUCACCGUUGUCACCGUUGUCACUGUUGUCAUCGUUGUCACCGUUGUCAUCGUUGUCACCGUUGUCACUGUUGUCACCGUUGUCACCGUUGUCACUGUUGUCACUGUUGUCAUCGUUGUCACCGUUGUCACCGUUGUCAUCGUUGUCACUGUUGUCAUCGUUGUCACCGUUGUCACCGUUGUCACCGUUGUCACCGUUGUCACCGUUGUCACCGUUGUCACUGUUGUCACCGUUGUCAUCGUUGUCACCGUUGUCAUCGUUGUCACCGUUGUCACCGUUGUCAUCGUUGUCACUCUUGUCACCGUUGUCACCGUUGUCACCGUUGUCACCGUUGUCAUCGUUGUCACUGUUGUCACCGUUGUCACUGUUGUCAUCGUUGUCACUGUUGUCAUCGUUGUCACUGUUGUCACCGUUGUCAUCGUUGUCACUGUUGUCACCGUUGUCACCGUUGUCAUCGUUGUCACUGUUGUCACCGUUGUCACCGUUGUCACUGUUGUCACUGUUGUCACCGUUGUCAUCGUUGUCACCGUUGUCACUGUUGUCACCGUUGUCACCGUUGUCACUGUUGUCAUCGUUGUCACCGUUGUCAUCGUUGUCACCGUUGUCACUGUUGUCACCGUUGUCAUCGUUGUCAUCGUUGUCACCGUUGUCACUGUUGUCACCGUUGUCACUGUUGUCACUGUUGUCAUCGUUGUCACUGUUGUCAUCGCUGUCACCGUUGUCAUCGUUGUCACUGUUGUCACUGUUGUCACCGUUGUCACCGUUGUCAUCGUUGUCACCGUUGUCAUCGUUGUCACUGUUGUCACUGUUGUCACCGUUGUCACAGUUGUCACUGUUGUCACCGUUGUCACCGUUGUCAUCGUUGUCACUGUUGUCAUCGUUGUCACCGUUGUCAUCGUUGUCAUCAUUGUCACCGUUGUCACUGUUGUCACCGUUGUCACUGUUGUCAUCGUUGUCACUGUUGUCAUCGCUGUCACCGUUGUCAUCGUUGUCACUGUUGUCACCGUUGUCACCGUUGUCACAGUUGUCACUGGUUUCACAGUUGUCAUCGUUGUCACUGUUGUCACUGUUGUCAUCGUUGUCACCGUUGUCAUCGUUGUCAUCGUUGUCACCGUUGUCACUGUUGUCACCGUUGUCACCGUUGUCACUGUUGUCAUCGUUGUCACUGUUGUCAUCGCUGUCACCGUUGUCAUCGUUGUCACUGUUGUCACUGUUGUCACCGUUGUCACAGUUGUCACCGUUGUCACCGUUGUCAUCGUUGUCACUGUUGUCACUGUUGUCACCGUUGUCAUCGUUGUCACUGUUGUCACAGUUGUCACCGUUGUCACUGUUGUCACCGUUGUCAUCGUUGUCACUGUUGUCACUGUUGUCACCGUUGUCACUGUUGUCACCGUUGUCACCGUUGUCACCGUUGUCACUGUUGUCAUCGUUGUCACUGUUGUCACCGUUGUCACCGUUGUCAUCGUUGUCACCGUUGUCACUCGUUGUCACUGUUGUCACCGUUGUCAUCGUUGUCACCGUUGUCACCGUUGUCACCGUUGUCACCGUUGUCACCGUUGUCAUUGUUGUCACCGUUGUCAUCGUCGUCAUCGUUGUCAUUGUUGUCACCGUUGUCAUCGUUGUUGCACUUGUCACUGUUGUCACCGUUGUCACUGUUGUCAUCGUUGUCACUGUUGUCAUCGCUGUCACCGUUGUCAUCGUUCUCACUGUUGUCACUGUUGUCAUCGUUGUCACCGUUGUCAUCGUUGUCACCGUUGUCAUCGUUUUUGCACUUGUCACUGUUGUCACCGUUGUCAUCGUUGUCACUGUUGUCAUCGCUGUCACCGUUGUCAUCGUUGUCACUGUUGUCACUGUUGUCACCAAUGUCACAGGUGUCACUGUUGUCACAGUUGUCGCUGUGGUCACUGUUUUCACUGCUUUCACUGCUGUCACUGUUGUCGCUGUUGUCACUGUUGUCACCGUUGUCACCGUUGUCACCAUUGUCACUGUUGUCAUUGUUCUCACCGUUGUCACCAUUGUUGCCAUUGUCAGUGUUGUCACCGUUGUCGCUGUUGUCACUGUUCUCUCUGUUGUCACCGUUGUCACCGGUUUCACUUUUGUUACUGUUGUCACUGUUGUCACCGUUGUCACCCUUGUCACUGUUGUCACUGUUCUCACCAUUGUCAUCGUUGUCACUGUUAACACUGUUGUGAUUGUUGUCACCGUUGUCAUCGUUGUCACCGUUGUCACUGUUGUCACUGUUGUCACAUUGUCAUCGUUAUCACCGUUGUCACCGUUGUCACCGUUUUCGCUGUUGUCACCGUUGUCAUUGUUGUCACCGUUGUCAUCGUUGACAUCGUUGUCAUCGUUGUCACCGUUGUCCUCGUUGUUGCAGUUGUCACUCUUGUCACCGUUCUGACCGUUGUCACUGUUGUCAUCGUUGUCACUGUUGUCAUCGCUGUCACCGUUGUUAUCGUUGUCACUGUUGUCACCGUUUUUACCGUUGUGACCGUCGUCACCGUUUUCACUGUUGUCACCAUUGUCACCGUUGUCACAGUUGUCAUCGUUGUCACCGUUGUCAUCGUUGUCACCGUUGUCGCUGUUGUCACUGUUGUCAUCGUUGUCAGGGUUGUCACCGUUGUCAUCCUUGUCACCGUUAUCACCGAUGCCACUGUUUUCACUGUUGUCAUCGUUGUCACCGUUGCCACUGUUGUCAUCGUUGUCAUCGUUGUCACAAUUGUCACCGUUGUCGCCGUUGUCACCGUUGUCACUGUCGCCACUGUUGUCACCGUUGUCACCGUUGUUACCGUUGUCAUCAUUAUCACUGUUGUCACUGUUGUCACCGUUUUCACCGUUGUUACUGUUAUUACUGUUGUCACUGCUGUCACUGUUGUCAUUGUUGUCGCUGUUGUGACUGUUGUCACUAUUGUCAUUGUUGCCACCGUUGUCACCGUUGUCAUUGUUGUCACCGUUGUCAUCGUCGUCAUCGUUGUCAUCGUUGUCACCGUUGUCAUGGUUGUUGCACUUGUCACUGUUGUCACCGUUGUCACUGUUGUCAUCGUUGUCACUGUUGUCAUCGCUGUCACCGUUGUCAUCGUUGUCACUGUUGUCAUUGUCAUCAUCGUUGUCACCGUUGUCAUCGUUGUCAUCGUUGUCACCGUUGUCACUGUUGUCACUGUUGUCACUAUUGUUAUCGUUGUCAGCGUUGUCACCCUUGUCACCGUUGUCAUUGUUGUCAUCGUUGUCAUCGUUGUCAUCGUUGUCACCGUUGUCAUCGUUGUUGCUGUUGUGACUCUUGUCACUGUUGUCACUGUUGUCAUCGUUGGCACUGUUGUCAUCGUUGUCACCGUUGUCAUUGUUGUCACUGUUGUCACUGUUGUCAUUGUUGUCAUCGUUGUCACCGUUGUCAUCGUUGCACCGUUGUCACCUUUGUCACUGUUGUCAUCGUUGUCACCGUUGUCACCUUUGUCAUCGUUGUCACCGUUGUCAGUUUUGUCACUAUUGUCAUCCUUUUCACCGUUGUUGUCAUCCUUGUCACUGUUGUCACCGUUGUCAUCGUUGUCAACGUUUUCACUGUUGUCACUGUUGUCAUCGUUGUCAGCGUUGUCACCAUUGUCACCGUUGUCGCCGUUGUCAUCGUUGUCACUCUUGUCACUGUUGUCACCGUUGUCACUGUUGUCACCGUUUUCACCGUUGUUGCUGUUAUUACUGUUGUCACUCUUGUCACUGCUGUUACUGUUGUCAUCGUUGUCACCGUUGUCACCGUUGUCACCGUUGUCAUUGGUGUCACCGUUGUCAUCGUCGUCAUCGUUGUCAUCGUUGUCACCGUUGUCAUCGUUGUUGCACUUGUCACUGUUGUCACCGUUGUCACCGUUGUCACUCUUGUCAUCGUUGUCACUGUUGUCAUCGCUGUUACUGUUGUCAUCGUUGUCACUGUUGUCACUGUUGUCAUCGUUGUCACCGUUGUCAUCGUUCUCAUCGUUGUCACCGUUGUCACUGUUGUCACUGUUGUCAUCGUUGUCACCGUUGUCAUCGUUGUCAUCGUUGUCACCUUUGUCACUGUUGUCACUGGUGUCACUAUUGUUAUCGUUGUCACCGUUGUCACCGUUGUCCCCCUUGUCACCGUUGUCAUUGUUGUCAUCGUUGUCAUCGUUGUCAUCGUUGUCACCGUUGUCAUCGUUGUUGCUGUUGUCACUGUUGUCAUCGUUGUCACUGUUGUCAUCGCUGUCACCGUUGUCAUCGUUGUCACUGUUAUCACUGUUGUCAUCGUUGUCACCGUUGUCAUCGUUGCACCGUUGUCACCGUUGUCACCGUUGUCACUGUUUUCAUCGUUGUCACCGUUGGCACCUUUGUCAGCGGUGUCACCGUUGUCAUUGUUGUCACUAUUGUCAUCCUUGUCACCGUUGUCACCCUUGUCACCGUUGUCACUGUUGUCACGGUUGUCACCGUUGUCAUCCUUGUCACUGUUGUCACCGUUGUCAUCGUUGUUAACGUUUCCACUGUUGUCACUGUUGUCAUCGUUGUCACCGUUGUCACCAUUUUCACCGUUGUCGCCGUUCUCACCGUUGUCACUGUUGUCACUGUUGUCACCGUUGUCACCGUUGUUACCGUUGUCAUCGUUAUCACUGUUGUCACUGUUGUCACCGUUUUCACCGUUGUUACUGUUAUUACUGUCGUCCCUUUUGUCACCGCUGUCACUGUUGUCAUUGUCUUCACUGUUGUCGCUGUUGUCACCGGUGUCACCGUUGUCACCGUUGUCACCCUUGUCACCGUUUUCAUCGUUGUCACCGUUGUCAUCGUUGUCAACGUUUUCACUGUUGUCACUGUUGUCAUCUUUGUCACCGUUGUCACCAUUGUCACCGUUGUCACUGUUGUCACUGUUGUCACUGUUGUCGCCGUUGUUACCGUUGUCAUCGUUAUCACUGUUGUCACUGUUGUCACCGUUUUCACCGUUGUUACUGUUAUUACUUUUGUCACUGUUGUCACUGUUGUCACCGCUGUCACUGUUGUCAUUGUUCUCACUGUUGUCACUGUUGUCGCUGUUGUCACUGUUGUCACUAUUGUCAUUGUUGUCACUGUUGUCACCGUUGUCACCGUUUUCAUCGUUGUCACUGUUCUCAUCGUUGUCACUGUUGUCACCGUUGUCCCCGUUGUCAUCGUUGUCAUUGUUCUCACCGUUGUCAUUGUUGUCACCGUUGUCAUCGGUGUCACUGUUGUCACUGUUGUCACGGUUGUCAUCAUUGUCACCGUUGUCAUCGUUGUCACCGUUGUCACCUUUGUCAUUGCUGUCACUGUUGUGAUUGUUGUCACUGUUGUCAUGGCUGUCACCGUUGUCAUCGUUGUCACUGUUGUCACUUUUGUCAUUGUUGUCAUCGUUGUCGCUGUUGUCACUGUUGUCAUCGUUGUCACGCUUGUCAUCGUUGUCACCGUUGUCAUCGUUGUCAUCGUUGUCACCUUUGUCAUUGUUGUCACCGUUGUCAUCGUUGUCACCGUUGUCACUGUUGUCACCAUUGUCAUCGUUGUCACCGUUGUCACCGUUGUGACUGUUGUCACCGUUGUCAUUGUUGUCAUCAUUGUGAUCGUUGUCAUCGUUGUCACCGUUGUCAUCGUUGUUGCUGUUGUCACUGUUGUCACUAUUGUCAUCGUUGUCACUGUUGUCAUCGCUGUCAUCGUUGUCAUCUUUGUCACCGUUGUCACUGUUGUCACUGUUGUCAUCGCUGUUACCGUUGUCACCGUUGUCACCCUUGUCACCGUUGUCACCCUUGUCACCGUUGUCACUGUUGUCACUGUUGUCACCGUUGUCAUCGUUUUCACUGUUGUCACCGUUGUCACUGUUGUCAUCGUUGCCACUGUUUUCAUUGUUGUCACCGUUGUUAUCGUUGUCACUGUUGUUACUGUUGUAACUGUUGUCACUGUUUUCACUGUUGUCAUCGUUGUCACCGUUAUCUUCGUUGUUACCGUUGUCGAGCUGUUGUCACUGGUGUCACCGUUGUUAUCGUUGUCACAGUUGUCACCGUUGUCAUCCUUGUCACUGUUGUCACCGUGGUCAUCGUUGUCAUCGUUGAGACUGUUGUCACCGUUGUCACCGUUGUCACUGUUGUUACUAUUGUUACCCUUCUCACUGUUGUCACUGUUCUCACCGUUGUCACUGUGUUCACCAUUGUCACCGUUGUCACUGUUGUCACUGUUGUCACUGUUGUCACCGUUGUCACCGUUGUCACUUUUGUCACCGUUGUCACUGUUGUCACUAUUGUUACCCUUCUCCCCCUUGUCACUGUUGUCACCGUGGUCAUCGUUGUCAUCGUUGAGACUGUUGUCACCGUUGUCACCGUUGUCACUGUUGUCAUUGUUGUCACCGUUGUCACCGUUGUCAUUGUUGUCACCGUUGUCACCGUUGUCACUGUUGUCACCGUUGUCACUGUUGUCACUAUUGUUACCCUUCUCACUGUUGUCACUGUUGUCACCGUUGUCACUGUGUUCACCAUUGUUACCGUUGUCACCGUUGUUACGGUUGUCAUCGUUGUCACUUUUGUCGCCGUUGUUACCGUUGUCAUCGUUGUCACUGUUGUCACUGUUGUCACCGUUUUUAUCGUUGUCACCAUUGUCAUCGUUGUCACCGUUGUCACCAUUUACACUGUUGUCACCGUUGUCACCAUUGUCAUUGUUGUCACCGUUGUCGUCGUUGUCAUCGUUAUCAUCGUUGUCAUCGUUGUCACCGUUGUCAUCGUUGUUGCUUUUGUCACUGUUGUUACUGUUGUCAUCGCUGUUACCGUUGUCAUCGUUGUCACUGUUGUCACUGUUCUUAUAGUUGUCAUCGUUGUCACUGUUGUCUCUGUUGUCACCGUUGUCAUUGUUGUCACCGUUGUCACCGUUGUCACCGUUGUCAUCGUUGUCACCGUUGUCAUCGUUCUCACUGUUUUCACUGUUGUCACUGUUGUCAUCGUUGUCACCGUUGUCAUCGUUGUCAUCUUUGUCACCGUUGUCACUGUUGUCACUGUUGUCACUAUCGUCAUCGUUGUCACCGUUGUCAUCGGUUUCACUGUUGUCACCGUUGUCACUGUGUUCACCAUUGUCACCGUUGUCACUUUUGUCACCGUUGUCACCAGUGUUACCGUUGUCACCGUUGUUACGGUUGUCAUCGUUGUCACUCUUGUCACCGUUUUCACCGUUGUCACCAUUGUCAUCGUUGUCGCCGUUGUCACCGUUGUCACCAUUUUCACUGUUGUCACCGUUGUCACCGUUGUCAUUGUUGUCAUCGUAGUCAUCGGUGUCAUCGUUGUCAUCGUUGUUGCUUUUGUCACUGUUGUUAUUGUUGUCAUCGCUGUUACCGUUGUCAUCGUUGUCACUGUUGUAACUGUUCUCAUUGUUGUCAUCGUUGUCACUGUUUCCUCCGUUGUCACCGUUGUCAUCCUUCUCAACGUUGUCACCGUUGUCAUCGUUGUCACCGUUGUCACCGUUGUCACCGUUGUCACUUUUGUCACUGUUGUCACUGUUGUCAUCGUUGUCACCGUUGUCAUCGUUGUCAUUUUUGUCACCGUUGUCACUGUUGUCACUGUUGUCACUAUUGUCAUCGUUGUCACCCUUGUCACCGUUGUCACUGUUGUCAGUGUUGUCACCGUUGUCACCGUUGUCAUCGUUGUCACCGUUGUCAUCGUUGUCAACGUUUUCACUGUUGUCACUGUUGUCAUCGUUGUCACCAUUGUCACCGUUGUCACCGUUGUCACUGUUGUCACCGUUGUCACCGUUGUUACUGUUGUCAUCGUUAUCACUGUUGUCACUGUUGUCACCGUUUUCACUGUUGUUACUGUUAUUACUGUUGUCACUGUUGUCACCGCUGUCACUGUUGUGAUUGUUGUCACUGUUUUCACUGUUGUUGCUGUUGUCACUGUUGUCCCUGUUGUCACUGUUGUCAUCGUUGUCACUGUUGUCACCGUUGUCACCGUUGUCACCGUUGUCACUGUUGUCAUCGUUGUCACUGUUGUCAGCGUUGUCACGAUUGUCACGGUUGUCACCGUUGUCACCGUUGUCACCGUUGUCAUCGUUGUCACCGUUGUCAUCGUUCUCACCGUUUUUAUCGUUUUCACUGUUGUCACUGUUGUCACUGUUGUCAUCGUUGUCACCGUUGUCAUCGUUGUCACCGUUGUCAUCGUUGUCACAGUUUUCACCGUUGUCAUCGUUGUCACCGUUUUCAUCGUUGUCACUUUGGUCAUCGUUGUCACUGUUCUCGUCGUCAUCGUUGUCACCAGUGUCACCGUUGUCACCGUUCUCGUCGUUGUCAUCUUUGUCACCGUUGCCAUCGUUGUCACCGUUGUCACCGUUGUCAUCGUUGUCACUGUUGUCACCGUUGUCACUGUUGUCAUCGUUGCCACUGUUCUCAUCGUUGUCACCGUUGUCAUCGUUGUCACUGUUGUUACUCUUGUAACGUUUGUCACUGUUGUCACUGUUGUCAUCGUUGUCACCGUUGUCUUCGUUGUUACCGUUGUCGAGCUGUUGUCACUGUUGUCAUCGUUGUCACUGUUGUCACCGUUGUUAUCGUUGUCACGGUUGUCACCGUUGUCAUCCUUCUCACUGUUGUCACCGUUGGUAUCGUUGGCACGGUUGUCACCGUUGUCAUCCUUUUCACUGUUGUCACCGUGGUCAUCGUUGUCACCGUUGUCAUCGUUGUCACUGUUGUCAUUGUUUUCACCGUUGUCGCCGUUGUCACUGUUGUUACCGUUUUCACUGUUGUCACUGUUGUCACUGUUGUCACCAUUGUCACCGUUGUCACUCUUGUCACUCUUGUCACCGUUGUCACCAUUGUUACCGUUGUCACCGUUGUUACCGUUGUCAUCGUUGUCACUGUUGUCACCGUUGUCACCGUUGUCACCGUUUUCAUCGUUGUCACCGUUGUCACCGUUGUCGUCGUUGUCACCGUUGUCACUGUUGUCACUGUUGUCGCCAUUGUCAUCGUUGUCACCGUUGUCACCAUUUUCACUGUUGUCACCGUUGUCAUUGUUGUCACCGUUGUCAUCGUUGUCAUCGUUGUCAUCGUUGUCACCGUUGUCAUCGUUGUUGCUUUUGUCACUGUUGUUACUGUUGUCAUCGGUGUCACCGUUGUCAUCGUUGUCACUGUUGUCACUGUUGUCAUUGUUGUCAUCGUUGUCACUGUUGUCUCUGUUGUCACCGUUGUCACCGUCGUCACUGUUGUCACUGUUGUCACUGUUGUUAUCGUUGUCACCGUUGUCACCGUUGUCACCCUUGUCACCGUUGUCAUUCUUGUCACUGUUGUGAUUGUUGUCACCGUUGUCAUUCUUGUCACCGUUGUCAUCGUUGUCAACGUUUUCACUGUUGUCACUGUUGUUAUCGUUGUCAUGGUUGAUGUUGUCACUGUUGUAAUCGUUGUUACUGUUGUAAUCGUUGUCACCGUUGUCAUCGUUGUCACUGUUGUCACCAUUGUUAUUGUUGUCACUGUUGUGAUCGCUGUCACCGUUGUCAUCGUUGUCACUGUUGUCACUGUUGUCAUCGUACUCACCGUUGUCAUCGUUGUUACUGUUGUCGCUGUUGUCAUCGUUUUGCCUGUUGUCAUCGUUGUGCCUGUUGUCAUCGUUGUCACCGUCGUUAUCGUUGUCACUGUUGUCAUCGUUGUCAUCGUUGUCACCGUUGUCACUGUUUUCAUCGUUGUCACUCUAGUCACUGUUGUCACCGUUGUCAUUGUUGUCACCAUUGUCACUGUUGUCACUGUUGUCACUUUUGUCAUAGUUGUCACCGUUGUCACUGUUGUCACUGUUGUCACGGUUGUCAUCGUUGGCACCGUUUUUAUCGUUGUCACCGUUGUCGCUGUUGUCAUCGUUGUCACGGUUGUCACCGUUGUCACUGUUGUCACCGUUGUCACCGUUGUCAUCGUUGUCAUCGUUGUCACCGUUGUUACCGUUGUCAUUGUUGUCAUCCUUGUCACUGUUGUCACCGUUGUCAUCGUUGUCACCGUUGUCAUCGUUCUCACCGUUGUCACCGUUGUCACUGUUGUCACUGUUGUGAUUGUUGUCACCGUUGUCAUCGUUGUGGCCGUUGUCAGUGUUGUCAGUGUUGUCACGAUUUUCAUUUUGUCACCGUUGUCACCGUUGUCACCGUUUUUACCGUUUUCUCUGUUGUCACUGUUGUCACCGUUGCCACCGUUGUCAUUCUUGUCACCGUUGUCAUUGUUGUCAUUGUUGUCAUCGUUGGCAUCGUUUUCACCGUUUUCAUCGUUGUCGCUGUUGUCACUGUGGUCAUCGUUGUCACUAUUGUCAUCGCUGUCACCGUUGUCAUCGUUGUCACUGUUGUCACUGUUGUCAUCGUUGUCAUCGUUGUUACCGUUGUCAUCGUUGUCAUCUUUGAAGCUUCCUUGUUUAUGGUUUAUACGUUUUAGCGACACCUUUUUCUUCAAUCAGGAAUAUCAUAGUUCACUGAUGCUUUACCUGGUAUGCUCUAUUUAAGUUUCUGGAAGACAUCUGUCAAUCUCUCUUACCCUGUCUUGUCAUCUACUCUAAUUAACGAAUUAUUUAUGUUUAAGUGUCGUCUUUAAUUGUACACCCUUUUUUUGCUUUUUUUCGCAUAAAUGUCUUUCUAAUUAUGGCGAAAGGGUUAAUCAAAGAAAAAGGAUUUCUGAAACUAUUUCAUGUAAGGUAAUAGCAUGAUUUGUAGUGAUAUUUGGCAUAAAUACCACGAGUGAUAUUUCAAAAUUGUUAUACGGCGAGUGAAAUUUGAGACAGUUUUGAGAUAUCACGAGUGGUAUUUAUGCCUAAUAUCACGUACAAAUCAUGCUAUUAUUUGUUUAUACUACUACCCUCAAAAGGUUUGUAAUUUUCACAUGUAGGUAUUUCAAAUUAAGCUGAAAUACCACACUGCUCUAAGCCAAUCAAAUUGCAGAAAAUUCUCAUGUAGUAGUGUAAUACUAAUUGUAAUCAACAGAUUCAGGAUUUAAGCUUGCUCCACUACCAAGCCCAUCUGGCCGUGCAUCUUCAUCACCUGCCAUCGUCACGACAUCAUCCCCAGCUAUUGGCAUGUCCACUACAAUCUCUGGCACCCCUCCAAGACUUCUUGGAACCCCUCCCCGGGUAAGUACAUAUAAAAUAUUACACACUGUAUGUUUACUUUACAUUGCAAAUCUGUAUUGAUCAUUGCGUUUGUAGAAAGAAAAGCUCGUUUUAGCUUUUUAGAACUUUUGAACCCAAAAAUUAUUCUCAUGGUACUAGUUUCAGGAUGUGGUAAUCUCUUUUCAGACUUGAGAUGUCACUUGUGCGGCUUGCAAGUCUACAUGUAACUACUGUCAGUAAAGUCCCUGUCAUUUCUUAAUAUACCAGAAAUGUUGCAGAUUAAAAUGGACAGCCUUAAACACUUAAAGCAGACAAAAUGUACAUGUAAAGCUUAAUAUAUAUGUUGUUAAUACUCCUCAUCACAUGUAUGUAAAGUGUAAUUCUUCCUUUCAGUCUAACAACAGCUCACCAAGGUCACCUUUGAAUGGCACACCAUCAUUUCAUAAUGAAACUACUGUGGCUACUCCUGAUUCUUGGUAUGUUGCGUGUUCGACUGAUUAUAUUAUUCUUAUUUUACAAUUUUAAGAGGCAUGGGCAAUUGAUAAAUAGUUAUCCCGUAACACUUCUAUUCGCAGUAGUGACCAACGUCAGUAUUCUCCUGACAAUGUCAAUACAAAAUCAAGAAAAAAAAGUUAGGAGAAUUAAUGAAAUGAUCACCAAAAGGAAAAUACUUUGAAUUCUAAAUAAAUUCUUUCAACUUUUUUCUCAAGGAAAUGUAUGGAGGAAAGUCUAAGGAAUUCGUGUAAGGAUAUUAAAUGGGGUUUAAAGGUUUAUGUUGGGCUUUUUCAGUAAUUACCUCGCAACUUUACAGUGAACUGUGAUACCGUAAAAUUCCGAAAAUAAGCGCCGGGGCUUAUAUUUUUCAAAGGUCCUUUUUUUGCAAGUACAAGCCGCCAGGGGGCUUAUAUUUGGAGGGGCGAUUUAACAGGGGAUUUUUUGCGUUACCCGUUUGGGGGGCUUAUAUUUGGAGGGGCUUAUACAUGGAGGGGCCUAUUUUCGGAAUUUUACGGCAUUGCAUUAUAAAGUUGAUGAACGAAUUUAUCUGUAUUUUUCCCAUCUAGGUCCAGGCACUCAUCACCAGGCAGGUCGUCAUGUAAGUGCUUCCAGAUCAAUUUCCAUUACAUGUAGCUUGCUCUUGCCUCUGUUUUUCACCCCUACAAUUUUUUAAGUUUGGUGGUACACGUACAAAUUUAUUGGACCUAAUAAAACCAUAUAUAUGUAAAUUAUGGAAAGAUGACCUUGGCUGACUUUGUUACAAAACUUAUAUUUUGUUUUGUUUUUUUGUUGUUUUUUAAUUUAGUUGCAUCUGGUGACUGUAUAACAGAUCUAAACUCACUCACACAAUACCUUCGAGAACAAGACGAAGAAGGGGAAAGGCUUCAGAGAGGUCCACAUACUUGUGAUUAACAAUAAUAUUACUUACAUACUUACUUCCUGUUGAUUCCUAGUAGAGGAGGUGAUGAAAACCCACUUCAUAGGGGUCAAUCUCUCAUCUCAUGAAAUUCUUGUUAUCUUGUUGUUUAAUAAUGUGUUCCUGUUAAGGGAUCAGGAUACCAUUUUUAGAUUCAAAGCUUUGGAAACCCCUCUGUGCUGGAUUAUUCCAUAUGUCCUGCAACCAUCAUGAAAUAUAAAUUAAGUGAUGCAACAAUUUUAUGAAUUAACUUCUGAAGUUAAUAAUGAAAUUGUUUACCAAACCUGGUAUACAUUGAUAGUUACAUAUAGUAGUCAAUGUACAUGUACAUGUAUUUCAUCUUUUUUGUAAAAUUUCUUGCCAGUUUCAUCGCCAGAUGCUCUUUCUGUUGGAAGAAGUCAGCAAUAUUGGUCAGGUUACAGAUAUGAUUUCACACCGCCGUUGAAUGUGUAUAGAAUUGCAAGGAGGUUUGUGUUAGUGUUAGUCUAGUCUUCUCUAUGCGAACUGUAAGUUAUAAAAUCUCAAGGGUUGAAGGGUCCCCUCUCAAACUCAUUAAUAAUUUAUAACGAGGAAACAAAGAAAAUCAUUACAUUACAUUACAUUACAUAACAUAACAUAACAAACAUAACAUAACAAACAUAACAUAACAUAACACAACUGACAACAAACCUAACAAACAUUACAUAACACAACAUUACAAAACAUUACAUUACAUAACAACAUUACAUUACAUUACAUAACAUAACAUAACAUACAUUACAUAACAUAACAUUACAUUACAUAAGAUAACAUAACAAGCGUAACAUAAGAUACAUUACAUUACAUAACAUAACACUGUUAUAUAACAGUAUAACUGUUAUAUGACAGUUAUAUAACUGUCAUUUAUUAUUCAUUCAAAAUAUUUCCCCGAUUCUGAUUGGCUAAAAGCACACGUUUAAUUCACCAUAACCAGUUACUGAUGACCAAAUUUGGAAGAACUUUGACUUUAACGAGGAAAUGACGUCAAAAAUGCAGCGUUUUCACAGGUUAAGGCACCGUUAACCGAGAAGACCUGGGGACGAGGUUGAGUUGUUUUGGUUGUGAACUAAUGUGAACUUGAAAAAAUGGCGGACAUUUCACUCGUUUCAAGAAUAAGAACUAGGCCAAAAAAUAGCUAAAAACAUGGCAAGAACAGCAAGAAGGCAACUCGAAGAGCGACAUCUGCUAUUUGGAGAAUAUUUGCGGAGCUGGACAAACCUAAACGUACACUAUCGAAGAUGAACUGAACAUUGAUGGAUCGAUGGAGGUAAGCAUAAUUUAGCUAUGUUUUUAUACUAGGAAUUAUUUUGAAUGAAUAAUAAAACAGUUAUUGAAUUCGGCUUUCGUAUCAUAUGAAGAAUUAUGGAGAUCUCGGAGGGUGUUAUUCCCCUCGGCCUACGGCCUCGACGGAUAACACCCUCCUCGAUCUCCAUAAUUCUUCAUAAGAUACUCAGCCUCAUUCAUUAACUGUUAAAUAACAGUAACGUAACUCACAGUUAUAUGACAGUUAUAAAACUGUUAUAUAUACUGUUGUAUAACACUGUUAUAUAACAGUUAUAUAACUGUUAUAUAGCUGUUACAUAACAGUAUAUAACAGUUACUAACAGUUAUAUAACUGUUAUACCAGUUAUAUAUAAUAGUUAUAUAACUGUUAUAUUUAACAAUUAUUCCACGAGGGCGCAUUGGAUAUGAAAUGAUAGAUAGCCAACGAGGCGCGUAGCGCCGAGUUGGCUAUAAUCAUCUCAUAUCCAACAAGCGCGAGUGGAAUAAUUGUUUUAUUAAAAACGCCCACAAAAUCUUGUUGAAUCUCCCCGACUAGAACAAACCGGAAAAGACAAGGGACUUCCACUAUUCACAUGUCACACGUCUAUCAAAACUGUCAACUCGCGAACGGACUCGCCUGGACUGCAUGAAUGAAAAAUCAAAACAUUGUAGCGAUGAACAUCAGCUUUUUAAAAACUCAUCGGGAUUCUAGGAUUUGACACAGCAGAACAGCUAAAAAAAACCUGGCAGAUAAUGUGAAGGAAAAGCAGUUUUAAGUGACAGCCUUCGAAAUUACUGUGAAUUUUGUUUUUGGUGCAAUUAUAAAGUAAAAACAAUGGAGAAAAACUAUUACCUUGGUCGCUUGUUAUGAAGUUGUUUGAAGCCACAAGCUGGUUUUGCUGAACGAGAAAAGAAGCUAUACCGCCGCCUCGAUUGCUCUAGUGAAUGGUUGCAUAGCCUGUAUUUGUAGCUGGUUACUUGUGAUUUAUAUUCUUGAUGUCGGAUAAACAAGCCGCAGUUACCUAUCGGCGAGUGACUCGAUCGGCGAAUGGCUUCGCGAUCAUGAAGAAACAACACUUCUCUUCUUUCGUAGCUGGUCAAGGUACUUUAGUUCCAUGUGUUUUCAUGUGUUUUUCGACAAACUUUCAAACAAGCUCUUGUGGCUUUUUUGUUUGUUUUUGUUGUUUUUCUUUCGAUGAAAUUGCAGUUCUAGUAUUCUAAGAAAUGAAUUAAAACAAUUUGCGUCGGGCGCCGUUGUAUCCUUCGCGAAAAAAAAUCUCAGCUAGCUUCCAAUUUUAAACUGACGUGUGCACCGACCAUAUAUGGAGAGCAUGGUAUAAUAGCUCAUAUACCAUAACGGCUAAGCCAAUCAAAAUGCUAGAAUUGCAUUAUCCAAUGAUUCAGUUUUUAAUAAAAGAGUUAUAUAACAGCUAUAUAACUGUUAUAUAACUAUACUAUUAUAUAUAACUGUUAUACUGUUAUAUAACAAUUAUAUAACAUAACAGUGUUAUAUAUCAGUAUAUAUAACAGUUAUAUAACUAUUAUAUAUAACUGUUAUAUAACAGGUAUAUCACAGUUAUGUUAUAACCAUUAACGUCUGUUAACAGUGAUAACAGUUAUAUAACAUCAGACAUCUGCUGUCAUAUCACUGUUAUCAGACGUCCGAUAUUAGGCAUCAGUCAUCUGAUAACAGUUGUAUAACAUAACAUAUAACAUCAGACAUCUGAUAACAGUUAUAUGACAGCAGACGUCUGACAACAGUUAUAUGAUGUCGACGUCUGUUAUAUAUACUGUUAUAUAACAGUACAUAACAUGUGUUAUAUAACAUAACUUAUCAUGUGUUUUAUAACAUAACAUAACAUGCGUUAUAUAACAUAGCAUUACAUGUGUCAUAUAACAUAACAUAUCAUGUGUUAUAUAACAUAACAUGUGUUAUAUAACAUCGCAUAACAUGUGUUAUAUAACAUAGCAUAACAUGUGUCAUAUAACAUAACAUGUUAUAUAACAUAGCAUAACAUGUGUUAUAUAACAUAACAUAUCAUGUGUUAUAUAACAUAACAUAUAUGUGUUAUAUAACAUAACAUAUCAUGUGUUAUAGAACAUAACAUGUGUUAUAUAACAACAUAUCAUGUGAAAUAUAACAUAACAUGUGUGAUAGAACAUAGCAUAUCAUGUGUUAUAUAACAUAACAUAUCAUGUGUUAUAUAACAUAACAUAUCAUGUGUUAUGUGUUAUAUAACAUAACAUAUCAUGUGUUAUAGAACAUAACAUGUGUUAUAUAACAUUGCAUAACAUGUGUUAUAUACAUAUCAUGUGUUAUAUAACAUAGCAUAACAUGUGUUAUAUAACAUAGCAUCAUGUGUUAUAUAACAUGACAUAUCAUGUGCUAUAUAACAGAACAUAUGUGUUAUAUAACAGAAAAUAUCAUGUGUUAUAUAACAUAACAUAUCAUGUGUUAUAUAACAGAACAUAACAUGUGUUUUAUAACAUAUAACAUAUAUAACAUAACAUAUCAAUGUGUUUAUAUAACAUAACAACAUGUGUGUUAUAUAACAUAUAUUGUUAUAACAUAGAACAACAUGUGUUAUAUAACAUAACAUAUCAUCAUGUGUUAUAUAACAUAACAUAUCAUGUGUUAUAUGUGUUAUAUAACAUAACAUGUUUAUAACAUGUUAUGUGUUAUAUAACAUAACAUAACAUAACAUAACAUACCAUGUGAUUUUGUAACUUGUAAAUAUAUAACAUAACAUUAUAUAGCUGUAUUUUUGACAUGUGUUAUAUAACGGAACUGGCAAAUGUGUCAUUCACUUUUUAUAAUAUCAUGUGUUAUAUAACAUAACAUAUCAUGUGUUAUAUAACAUAACAUAUCAUGUGUUAUAUAACAACAUCUUUAUCACAUAACAUGUGUUAUAAGGAAUUUAACAUAUAACAUAUGUGCUGGUUAUAACAUAAACAUGUUUUAUCACACAGUUGUUGUCUUAUAACAUAACAUAAAUAUCAUGUGUGAUAUAUAUAACAAUGUUUUAACAUAACAUGUGUUAUACAUAAUAUCAUGUGUUAUAUGGGUUUUAUAAUAAAACAUAGUGCUAUCUCAGUUAUUUUAUAAACAUAACAUAUCAUUUGUUAUAUAACAUCGCAUAACAUGUGUUAUAUAACAUCGCAUAACAUGUGCUAUAUAACGUAACAUAUCGUGUGUUAUAUAACAUAACAUAUCAUGUGUUAUAGAACAUAACAUGUGUUAUAUAACAUAGCAUAACAUGUGUUAUAUAACAUAACAUAUCAUGUGUUAUAUAACAUAACAUAUCAUGUGUUAUAUAACAUAACAUAUCAUGUGUUAUAUAACAUAACAUAUCAUGUGUUAUAGAACAUAACAUGUGUUAUAUAACAUAACAUAUCAUGUGUUAUAUAACAUAAUAUCAUGUGUUAUAUAACAUAACAUAUCAUGUAAUAUAACAUGUGUUAUAUAUAUAACAUAACAUAACAUAUCAUGUGUUAUAUAACAUAACAUAUCAUGUGUUAUAAUAAUAAUAACAUGUGUUCAUGUGUUAUAACAUAACAUAACAUGUGUUAUAUAACAUAACAUAUCAUGUGUUAUAUAACAUAACAUAUCAUGUGUUAUAUAACAUAACAUAUAUAUCAUGUGUUAUAUAAUAACAUGUGUUAUAUAACAUAACACAUGUGUUAUAUAACAUAAAUAUAUCAUGUGUUAUAUAAUAUUAUGUAAUAUAUCAUGUGUUAUAUAACAUAUACAUAUAACAUAACAUAACAUGUGUUAUAUAACAUAACAUACAUGUGUAUAUAUACAUGUGUUUAACAUAUCAUGUGUUAUAUAACAUAUAUAAUUUGUUAUACAUAACAUGUGUUAUAUAACAUAACAUAUCAUGUGUUAUAUAACAUAACAUAUCAUGUGUUAUAUAUAACAUAAUGUUAUAUAACAUGUGUAUAUAACAUAACAUAUCAUGUGUUAUAUAUAACAUAUCAUAACAUAUCAUGUGUUAUAUAACAUAACAUAUCAUGUGUUAUAUAACAUAACAUAACAUGUGUUAUAUAACGUAACAUAUCAUGUGUUAUAUAACAUAACAUAACAUGUUAUAUAACAUAACAUAACAUGUGUUAUAUAAACAUAACAUACAUGUAUAAUAUAACAUAUCAUAACAUAUAUAAUAUAUAACAUAUCAUGUGUUAUAGAACAUAACAUAUCAUGUGUUAUAUAACAUAACACAUGUGUUAUAUAACAUAACAUAACAUGUGUUAUAUAACAUAACAUAUCAUGUGUUAUAUAACAUAACAUGUGUUAUAUAACAUAACAUAACAUGUGUUAUAUAACAUAACAUAACAUGUGUUAUAUAACAUAACAUAACAUGUGUUAUAUAACAUAACAUAACAUGUGUUAUAUAACAUAACAUAUCAUGUGUUAUAUAACAUAACAUAUCAUGUGUUAUAUAACAUCACAUAUCAUGUGUUAUAUAACAUAACAUAUCAUGUGUUAUAUAACAUAACAUAUCAUGUGUUAUAUAACAUAACAUGUGUUAUAUAACAUAACAUAACAUGUGUUAUAUAACAUAACAUAACAUGUGUUAUAGAACAUAACAUGUGUUAUAUAACAUAGCAUAACAUUUGUAUAUAACAUAACAUAUCAUGUGUUAUAUAACAUAACAUAUCAUGUGUUAUAUAACAUCGCAUAACAUGUGCUAUAUAACGUAACAUAUCAUGUGUUAUAUAACAUAACAUAUCAUGUGUUAUAGAACAUAACAUGUGUUAUAUAACAUCCCAUAACAUGUGCUAUAUAACGUAACAUAUCAUGUGUUAUAUAACAUAACAUAUCAUGUGUUAUAUAACAUAACAUGUGAAAUAUAACAUAACAUGUGUUAUAUAACAUAGCAUAACAUGUGUUAUAUAACAACAUAUCAUGUGUCAUGUGUUAUAUAACAUCGCAUAACAUGUGUUAUAUAACAUUGCACAACAUGUGUUAUAUAACAUAGCAUAACAUGUGUUAUAUAACAUAACAUAUGUGUUAUAUAACAUAAGAUAUCAUGUGUUAUAUAACGUAACAUGUGAAAUAUAACAUAACAUGUGUUAUAAAACAUAACAUAUGUGUUAUAUAACAUAGCAUGACAUGUGUUAUAUAACAUAACCUGUCAUGUGUUAUAUAACAUCGCAUAACUUGAGUUAUAUAACAUGACAUAUCACGUGUUAUACAACAUGACAUAACAUGUGUUAUAUAACAUAACUUAUCAUGUGUUUUAUAACAUAACAUAUGUGUUAUAUAACAUAGCAUUACAUUUGUUAUAUAACAUAAGAUAUCAUGUGUUAUAUAACAUAACAUAUGUGUUUUGUAACAUAGCAUGACAUGUGUUAUAUAACAUAACCUUUCACGUGUUAUAUAACAUCGCAUAUCAUGUGUUAUAUAACGUAACAUAUUAUGUGUUAUAUAACAUAACAUAGCAUUUGUUAUAUAACAUAACUUAUCAUGUGUUUUAUAACAUAACAUGUGUUAUAUAACAUAGCUUGACAUGUGUUAUAUAACAUAACAUAUCAUGUGUUAUGUGUUAUAGAACAUAACAUAUGUGUUAUAGAACAUAUCAUGUGUUAUAUAACAUACAUAAGUUAUACAAUCAUAACAUAACGUGUUAUAUAGCAUAGCAUAAUGUGUUAUAUAACACAACAUAACAUUUGUUAUAUAACAUCAUAUAACAUAUCAUGUGUUAUAUAACAAAAUAUGUGUUAUAUGACAACAUGUGUUAUAUAACAUAGCAUAUUAUGUGUUAUAUAACAUAACAUAUUUUGUGUUAUCUAACAUAAGAUAUGUUAUACAAACAUAACAUAACAUGUGUUAUGUUAUCACAGUUAACGUCUUUUAACUGUGAUAACAGUUAUAUGGCAGCAGACAUCUGCUGUCAUAUCACUGUUAUCAGACGUCUGAUAUUAGGCAUCAGUCAUCUGAUAACACUUAUAUAACAUAACAUAAAACAUCAGACAUCUGAUAACAGUUAUAUGACAGCAGACGUCUGAUAACAGUUAUAUGAUGUCAGACGUCUGAUAACAGUUAUUUGACAGCAGAUGUCUGGUGUCAUAUAACUGUUAUCACAUAUAACAGACGUUAACAGUUAAAACAUAACUGUUAUAUACCAGUUAUGUUAUAUAACAGUAUAUAUAUCUGUUAUAUACUGUUAUAACAGUAACGUAACUGACAGUUAUAACAUAUGACUAAUAUAUAACUGUUAUAUGAGAGUUAUGUAACAGCUAUAUAACUGUUAUAUAACAUUUAUAACUAUGCUAUUCUAUAUCACUGUUAUAUAACAGUAACUAUAUAACUGUUAUAUAACUUUUUUUAUACUGUUAUAUAACACAGUUAUAUAUACUGUCAUAUAACAGUUAUAUAACUGUUAUAUAACACUGUUAUAUAACUGUUAUUUAACAGUGUUAUAUAACUAUUAUAUAUAACUGUUACAUAUACUGUUACAUAACAGUAAGUAUAACUGUUAUAUAACACUGUUAUAUAGAACAGGAUAUAUAACGGUUAUAUAACUGUCUUAUAACAGCUGUAUUACUGUUAUAUAAGUUAUAUAACAGUAUAUAACAGUUAUGUUAUAACUGUUAACGUCUGUUAAAUGUGAUAACAGUGAUAUGACAGCAGACAUCUGCUGUCAUAUCACUGUUAUCUGACGUCUGAUAGUAGGCAUCAGUUAUCUGAUAACAGUUAUAUAACAUAACAUAUAACAUCAGACAUCUGAUAACAGUUAGAUGAGAGCAGACGUCUGAUAACAGUGAUAUGAUGUCAGACGUCUGAUAACAGUUAUAUGACAGCAGAUGUCUGCUGUCAUAUAACUGUUAUCACAGUUAACAGACGUUAACAGUUACAACAUAACUGUUAUAUACCAGUUAUGUUAUAUAACAGUAUAUAUAACUGUUUU